AUGUCUGUGCGCGACGAUCGCACGCUCGCACUCUCCACGUUCACACGUUUUUCAUCGCUUCGACCACCUCGUCGCUCCGAGCCCCGUGCACUUCCUCAUCGUUGCGACCACCCGGCUGCGAUCUCUGCAUCCUCAAACACGCCGUUCCAGCUCACUCCGCCUGCGCGUGUCUCUCGGGUCUCCGACGGCGGUGCACUCUCUCCGGCGUGUUCGCGCGUUUCUUGUGCAGUUGGUCGUCUAUCCACGCUGGCGUCCGCCGGUCCCACAUCCCUCCAUACUGCUUACAACUUCAAUUAUAUUCAAGCUUUUCUAAACAACUUGCAGCAGCACAAUGGAGUAGAUGGAAAUUGGAGACCGGCUGACGGGGAUGCGCCAGCAAACUCGGCUGGCGCACCCGCCGCAUGUUCCGAAUGCAAAUUACUCAGGCACGAGGUACAACAACUGAAAUCCUGCAUCCAGACAAUAUUCUUGGUUUUGUCGCAGAAUGGUGUAGUAGGUGCGACGUCACCGGUUCUUGCCGCCUUGCCACCGCCACCUACGCUACAAGCACCGGUAGUACCACCUUCACCACAGCAACUAGGUCCUACACGGAAACGUCCUGCACCACCUCCACCACAGCCUGAGUGCCCAGUCGCGCUGCGUCCGAUUGCUUCAUGUCAAACGCUAUCGUCUCAAUUCAUGCCUCAUUGGACAUGGUUGAUGCCAGGAUUGAUGCGACCUCCGUCGCCAACUCUUCCGGCACCACAAUCUCUCGAGACGAAAGCAACCGCUCAACAAGAACAUGAGCCGACGAAAUGGAGUAAUCCGUCCAGCGUGGAAAGUAAUGGGUUGAAGACCGACAGUUCUGGCGGCGAGUCUGCUAACAUCGACAUUGUGGGAAUGGAUGGAAGUGAGUCCUCAACAUCGUCGACCUCAACUCAGGCGAUGCUCACAUCACCUGCUGGUCAAGCUCAACUCCCAGCUUAUUUGAAAGACACAAAUCAUCCAAUCUUCCCGUUUCCACAAAAGUCGUCUACAGACUUGUCACAGCCGUCGUUCUUAUAUGGCAUGGUGAAGAGUGAACCACCACCAUCUCGAAGUGCCCCAAUUGCUGCAUCUCUGCCUAUCGGACAUGGUCAUUCUAUUACUACUCCUGAACGCAAGCACAGGAAGCAACAAAAUGAUGACUACGUUAAACUUAUACGUGAACAAGAUCUCAGCGAAGAAAGGAUUAGUGCUAUUCCUAUCCCGGUACCGCAGGCAUUGAGCCUUGAUCCGAAUUUCCGGGCAGUAUCCGAGCAGCAAGUAGUGCAGCAGGUGGUACAGAAUAAACGAUUUGAGGAGGUGGAUGUGCGUGAAUCGAUGACACAUCUGUGCAAGAAAUUGGCUGAGAAACGUGUGUUUGGCUCGAAAUUGAUGGCCGAAACUACGGUUGCUGGCCUCAAUCACUCGACGUUCCCGAAUUUGCCUAUUGAAGGCAUCAUGUAUAUACAACAUGUGUGCCGCAAAGUGUUGGGCGAUCGGUUCUCGAGUGAUGACGAUUUUUGGGAGAGUCUACGAGAUUCUAUGCGUAAACUAGCGGCUCGAUGUCGUCGCGUGCGUCAUGCGAAGAAGACGAAGAGUUCACGCGAGGAAGGUGUACUGUUACCCGGCGAAAGAUCUAGCGGAUGGCCAGAAGGAAGUGUAGCGCAAACUCUGCAGAGCUUGAAUCUACCAACUGAAAAACCAACACAUUCCGUACAAACAAUCCCAAUCGUUUCGGAACGGAAGAAAGUUCCAGAGAUAAACGAUGCGAAACUGGCGGAAACACUUCAACAUGGUUUGCAUGCUCUAGCCAAUGCCACACUUUCCAACCAGGCUCUUCCUGCUACAUUGGCCGAGAUGUCAUCAGCUUGGUCACUUUUGCAAUUGCAUAAAAAUACAGAAUCGCUUUUGCAACAUGGUGAGCCUCGUUCCGAUAACAUGUCAUCACCAUGA